AUGUUGACGUGCAUUCCAAGUCCGGCUGGCGUGCCCAUCCGAAAUGUUGCCGCGGAAAGCCUGAACGCCCGAAAUCCUUUCGAAUCUGUCCACGUGCUCGAAGUCCCGAAGCAGGGGAGACACGGUGCCAUCAGAGGAGAACUGCAAGACGCAGAUCAACAUAUUGAUAGUCAGAAUGUCGCGUCUGCAAGAGGUGGAGUGCUCCUCCGCGGUAACAAUACUCCCAAACUCUGUGAAUGGAAGCGCAUUGUCAGAAUGAAGGAACUCACCACGGAGAAGCUAAAGCUCCACAAGAAGAAGACCGAUCUGUGGGUUGCUAUUCAAGGCAAAUUGUACGUUGUGACCGAAUACGCCAGCCACCACCCUGGAGGUUUGGACAUCUUGCUUGAUGUCGCUGGCCAGGACGCAACUGCUGCAUACAAAGAUGUGGCCCACUCUGAAGAUGCCAACGAGAUUUUGGAGUCUUACCUUAUUGACACACUCAAAGAUGCUACGAAUUUCAAGCGUUGGGAAGGCGUUCGACUCGUUCAGCAUCCUCUUAUCCCGCCCAAAGCAUCAAAUAAUUCAGACAGUAUGGUCAAGCUCGGUGUCGCUGCUGGCACAGCUCUGUCCCUACGUCUCGUAUUGCUCUCUCAAGAGUCAUCGGUCAAUAUUCGCGAGCUUUCCAGACACCUACCCCAAUUAGGUCGUGUAGUUACCGGCAAAUUGUCCGACUCACUUCCUCAUGAUGAAAUUGUGAGUGGUGCUCUUGCAAAGGCCGCUUACUCUACGGUACUUAAGAGCGUGGUCACAUCUCGUCUCUCCAAGCUCGUGGAGACUGAAAAUGGCUUCACCAAUCUACCUUUCGGUCAACACGUUGUCAUCAAGGCAAAUUUCGAUGGACAGUUUGUUAGCCGGUCGUACACACCAAGAACCAACAGCCUCAAGCUAGGUCGAUUGGAUUUGGUGAUCAAGUAUUACGAGGAUGGUUUCUUGACAGGCAAAUACAUGGCAAAGCUUGAGGUAGGCGACAAGGUCCUUUUCCGUGGACCCAAGGGCUCCACGCGAUACAAGAAUGGACUUGGCAAGAAGCUCGGUAUGAUUGCUGGCGGAACUGGUAUCGCGCCGAUGUGCCAGCUCAGUCGCGUAAUCUGCGAAGACGAGAUAGACACUACCGAGAUUUCACCCAUCUUUGCAAAUCGGAAGGAAGAAGGUAUCCUGUUGCGAACAGAGCCUGAAGCUUAUGUAGAAGCUUCUCCCAGGACACUGAGAGUCUGGUACAUGCUUGAUCAUCCACCGCAGAAGAGGCAAUACGGCAAUGGCUAUAUGAUGCCUGCGGUCAUGCGUGAGAGACGAACUUCUUCUCAGCUGAUUCCAAAGUGA